UCCUCUGAGCUCCUGGGAAAUAGUCUAAAUCAUUAUCGGGAGCCUUACAGGGUCACGGUGGGCGGCGAUGGGGAGGGAGGAGGCAUUUAGAGCAGGAGAGUGAAGGCUCCCCGUUCUUCAGCUGUGUGGACGCCACUCCGAAUAAAACUUAACUAGGCAGCAACCUCCACGAUUUGCAGCGUGAAGCGUUACAGACGCACGCACCGACACUUGCUUCUCUCUCGAGGGCCCUAUACGCUCGCUUUCUCCGCACAAACAUGUGGAACUGCACGCAACUGCGCCUGGAGAUGACGUGACGGGCUCAGAAGGGCAACACGGGCACAUCUCAGCAUCCAGCUGCUCCUAACGUGACCUCUGACGUGCAGACUAAGAACGUUCAGGGCCACACGCGGGGACUGAACGGUCGGGGAUGAUGCCAAACGCGCCUGGCUCCGGGCCUCCGCCGAGUCCCGCCCCGAGCCUGCGUCCGCCAGCAGUCCAGCCGGGAAGCCAUUAAGAGAAGGAUCUAAGAAAGAAUACCGGCUGGCUGCCCUUCUCAGCGCUCCAAGCCGCGCCAUGCUCGCCCUGCGAAACACGUUGACCAGAAGUCUAGCCGCGCGGACGCCGACGCCUCAGCAUUCCUACAGUUUACCUCCAUGUUAUAAGGUGUGUUCAUCUUUUGCUACUGGCCCCAGACAAUACGAUGGAACAUUCUACGAAUUUCGUACUUAUUGCUUUAAACCUCCAAAGAUGAAUGAGUUUCUGGAAAACAUUAAGAAAAACAUACAUAUUCGGACAGCUCAUUCUGAAUUGAUUGGAUUCUGGAAGACAGAAUUUGGAGGCAGAAUCAACAAAGUGUUUCAUAUUUGGAAGUAUGAUAAUUUUGCUCAUCGAGCUGAAGUUCGGAAAGCCUUGGCCAAAGAUAAGGAAUGGCAAGAACAAUUUCUCAUUCCAAAUUUGCCUCUCAUAGAUGAACAUCAGAAUGAGAUUACUUAUCUGGUGCCAUGGUGCAAAUUAGAGAAGCCUCUGAAAGAAGGAGUAUACGAACUGGUUAUUUUUGAGAUGAAACCUGGUGGGCCACCUCUGUGGGGUAACGCAUUUAAAAGGGCAAUUAAUGCCCAUGUUGAUCUAGGCUACUCAAAGCUAAUUGGAGUUUUCCACACAGAAUAUGGAGCACUCAACAGAGUCCACGUUCUUUGGUGGAAUGAGAGUGCAGAGAGUCGUGCAGCUGGGAGACAUCAGUCCCAUGAGGAUCCCAGAGUCGUGGCAGCUGUUCGGGAAAGUGUCAGUUACCUCGUGUCUCAGCAGAAUAUGCUUCUGAUUCCUACUUCAUUUUCGCCAUUGAAAUAGUUUUCCACUGAAAUACAAAGUAUUUCAUUAACUGUCAUGAGAUGUGUCUGCUCAUGGCACUUAAAUUCUCCCAAGAGAUUCUCACUUUUAUUUGAAGAACAUGGUAAGUUAAUUCACCACAUCUCUGCAUUUUUAAGGCCACCUCUGUCCUUUAUCACUACUACCUUAGGAAAUAGUUCUGUUCAUUUUCUUCAUGGCAUUACAGUAUUGAUUAUACUUUAGAAAUAAUUGGCCACUACUUCAUAUUUUCUUUCUUUCAGAAAGAUUAUCUCUUAUUCUCUAUUUUAACAACCCUUUGCUUUAUAGCAUUUUCUUAUGUUCAAAAGAUGGUUUUACAUUUCUGUGCCUGACAGUAUUUUUAAAUUAUUUAUAUACAAUGUCUGUCUUUUCAUCAUGUCUGCUUUUUAUGAGAUUAAAAAUAAAUUUUCCCAAUAGUUUAUUUUGUGAUAUUAAAUGUGAUUCAUAAUAUAAAAUCAAAUAAUUUCAUUACCUUGGGGAAGUGUGGUAUCACCUGUGUCAUCUGUAUUAAUAAUAGUUUUCACAGUAAUUAUUGGUCACUCUAACUUGGAAAAUAAUGUAAUUAGGUCUCAGUGUUAAAAAUACUUCAGAAGACUUGUUUUAGAUGCUGAAACGUGUUCAUUUAUAAUGAAUGAAUUUUCAUUUUGGAAUACUAAUAAAGAUAUGUGGAACCUCA